AUUUGUUUACAGAAUUGACUUAAAAGGAAUUUAAUCUUCACAUUCCAGCCACAUCUAAGGACAAAAAGCAUUCAAUUAUAAGUUGUUUCAUUCAUUGAUCCACCCAGCUUUCUUUCUCCACUUGCCCAUGGCUCUCAAAGUUUGCAUCUUUAAAGUCAUAGCCAUAACUUUCUCUAUCUUGCCUACUGUUAGCCCUGUGACCAACUUCAGUUUUCCAGCUAUUUUCAACUUUGGUGAUUCAAAUUCCGACACUGGCGGCUUGGCUGCCGGAGUUGCUUUCCCAGUUGGACCACCCAAUGGGCAAACCUACUUCCUUAAGCCAUCUGGGAGAUUCUGUGAUGGCCGUUUGAUCAUUGAUUUUCUAAUGGAUGCAAUGGACCUACCGUUUCUCAAUCCAUAUUUGGAUUCUGUUGGUGCACCAAACUUCCAGAAAGGGUGCGACUUUGCGACUGGAGGGUCUACUAUACUUCCAGCCAAUGCAGCCUCUACAAGCCCUUUUUCCUUGGGGAUUCAGGUGGCUCAAUUCGCCAGAUUCAGGGCUCGAGCCCUUGAAUUAUUGGAAAAAGAUAAGAAACUCCAAAAAUACCUUCCUUCAGCAGAAUCUUUCAAGCAGGCACUCUACAUGUUUGAUGUGGGUCAGAAUGAUCUCGAUGGCGCGUUUUAUUCGAAAUCAGAAGACCAAGUACUUGCUUUGAUUCAGACUAUUCUAACAGAGUUUGAGACUGGAAUUAAGAAAUUAUAUGAUGUGGGUGCAAGGAGCUUUUGGAUUCAUAACACUGGUCCCCUUGGGUGCUUACCUAGAAUCAUUGCAAAAUUUGGAAAAGACACAACAAAACUCGACCAGUUUGGAUGUGUAAACUCACACAACCGUGCUGCUAAUCAAUUCAACAUGCAAUUGCAUGACCUCUGUACAAAAUUCAGGGCACAACUCCCUGAGGCUAACAUCACUUAUGUUGACAUUUUCUCAGUAAAACUCAACCUCAUUUCAAACUAUUCUCAAUAUGGAUUUAAACAACCUUUAGCAGCUUGCUGUGGUUAUGGGGGGCCGCCAUUGAAUUUUGACAGCCGAAUUGCUUGUGGCCAAACCAAGAAUCUAAAUGGGAGCUUGGUGACAGCAAUACCAUGCAAUAAUACUGCUGAAUACGUGAAUUGGGAUGGAAACCAUUAUACAGAAGCUGCAAAUGAAUAUGUUUCCUCACAGAUAUUUACAGGAAAUUAUUCAGACCCACCUUUCUCAGUGACUGCAGAAUAUCUCUUAGGAUUCAAGUUAUAAAACCUGCUAAUUCCAUUUCCAAGUGUUUUUCUUUCUGAGUUGGGGUUCAUGUAUUUUUUGAGAUAGUGAUAAUUUAACAU